CAAAUAAGUAAUUAAAUUCUUAAAAAAUGACUUAAUAAAUGUGACUGUAUUAUUAUUUGUGUUAUUGUAUGUGUGUAUGUGUGUGUGAUAUUAUAAUCUCGUGAAAUAAUCAUUCAAUUUAAUUUAAUAUUGAUAUUGACGCGGUCACACCAACGAGAUACUGUUAUCAAUCAAUUCAAUUUGACUUGAUAUAUUCACAUAAAACAAUAUAAACAAUAAACAAUGAAGUUACAUUGUAAAAUUGAAAUUCACGAUAGAACAUUGUCGUUGCAUAGAAAAUCGCAACGUUCUAUAUUAGCAUAUGCUAAAGAUUCAGUUAAAGAUAACAAUGUAUGUUUCUAUUUGUGGACACGGCUGAACAAGCAAGGGACUAAGUAUAAGAUUACUAACAACAUAAGAAAAGUAUUCAAGAAAUUUAUUACCGAUGGUAAAGCUACAAUAAGUUUGAUAGAACCCUGUCAUGAUCUAAUCAUUCAGAGUGAUGCUAUUCAGUUGAAAAGCUUUCUUAAUAUACUGAAACAUAUAACAGACGGGCAUUGCAAAGAUAUAAAUAAAUAUGUUCUUAAAUCUAAUACAACUUUUAGUUCAAGUGAAUUCUAUUCAUUGCAAAAAGUUGUGGUGAAGAAAAAAUCUGAAUAUCCAAUUUUACAAGGAUUCCCACGAAUGACAGAACAACUUGUUUUGAGUGGAUUGGAUAGAAAAUCCUUUGAUCGACAAAUUCUGACAUUGCAGAGUUUAAGAUUUUUAGAUUUAUCAAACAAUAAAAUUUCUUUCUUACCAAAGGAGUUGGGUACUUUGCCUCAUCUUCAAGCUCUAAAUCUGUCAUGUAAUAACCUUGGAAAAUCAGUUCGAUCUAAAUGGGCAUGGCUAGAGCAAACUGCACUUAGAAACAAUUUAGAUUUUCUAAAUAUUAGUAAUAAUUUAUUAACUGAAUUACCAGUACAAAUUGGAUGGCUAAAAGCUUUAAGAGAGUUGAAAAUUCGUGACAAUAUGUUAAAACAAUUACCACAAAAUAUUGGAACUUUGAAUAAAUUGCAAUUGUUGGAUGUGGCAAAAAACAAUUUAAUGUUCUUACCAGGAACAAUCCAACAUUUGCGAUUAUGCUCUUUAGAUAUUUCAGAUAAUUUAUUUUCAAUGAUUGUAGAUCAUAAUAUCGUAUUUGAUAAGAGCACUUUCAUAGGACUGCCAAGUCUUAUUGAAUCUUCAGCUAGAAAUGUGUUAAAAUCCAGGAUAACUUAUGAUGCAAGUUUAAUACCAUAUACAUUAGUCCAAUAUUUAGACGAAGCAAAAUAUUGCUUUUCCUGUAAAAAUGCCUGUUUUGAUCGUUAUUCAAGAAUUUUUACGCACUUUUAUUCAUCUAAAUUUAGUAUUCAUAUAAAAAAUACAUUAAAUCAACCUUUCAAAUUUGAAUGUUACUUUUGUUCAAUGACAUGUCAUAACUAUCUUAAGAUAUAUUGAAUAGAAAUACUCUCUUUCUCUCUCUUUCUACAAUAGAAUUUUAGGUGACAAUUUCUAAUACAUAUAACUUUAUAAUUCUAUAAAUUGUAUAUUAUAAUUGUCGAUUUGUAAACUCAUUUGUAUGUAUAUAGUCAAAUUUAUAUUCAAAUAUAAUAUUAUUGAUGGUUUGAUACUAAUAUUGCUAUUUAUUACAAAACUGGAUAUGAUUAAAAAUAAUGUUAUAUAAUAAUUUAAGGCAGCUAACUUUUACAUAUCUUUUUGUAUAAAGUAAAAUGUCGGUUAUUUUUUGCAGUAAUGUUAGCAUAGUCUAAAGUUUGUUUUUUGAUAAAAAUAUAGAAUUAUUUUAAUAUAUAUCAAAAAUAAUCAUCUUUUACAACUUCUGAAAUCAUUAAAAGUAUAGAACAAGUGUUUAAGAAACUUAUUACUGAUGGCAAAGCUAUAAUGUGAUAGAACUUGUCACAAUAUAGCGUCAAUAUGAACCCAACAAAUGUGCUUUUAUCAAAUUCUUUGCUUUCAAUUUCUAUAUUUUUAAAAUUUAAAUCUUAAAAAAUAAAUUUAUAUUUGUAAUAAUAUUAUAAUAACAUGUAUAAAUGUAUUAUAAUACAUUCAUAUAAUACAUUUCAUAUAAAAAUUUCUUUGCUUAUAAAAUAUCUGUAAGUAUUAAUAUGAUAAUUGAAUAUAAAGCGGUAACAGCUUCUGUUUAUAUUACUGAUCGAUUUUAUUAACACUAUAUUUUUUAUAUAUUUAUAUAGAUUUAUUUAGAAAAAUUACAGUAACCAUCUCUUGUUAACAAUAAGUAUAUACAGUAUCAUCUCAUACCAUGUAUAACAACAUAAUGACUUGUGAGAAAGUUGCUAUAUUAUAUCCUUUUCUGGAAGUAUGUAUGAACAUUUUCUUUAGAAACUAUAUGGCUUUAAUAUUUAUUGUCAUAAAAGGAAACGUUAGAGUUUUUUACCAAGUCCCAUCUUUAUAAUCUUGUUAUAUCUCAAAAAGGCACUAGAAUAUCAUUAAAACUAUAAAACGUGUGUAAUAUAUGUAUAAUAAAGUUUGCAGUUCUUAUAACAUAA